AGAAACAAAAAAGCAGGGGAUUCCUUGUAUGUUCUGUUUUGGGGUUUGCUUUAUAUUUUAACUCAUCUUCCUUGUUAAAGUAAUCCCACUUAUUAGUUUAUCUCUUUAUUUCCUUAUUCUUCUCGGUCUUCUUGGGUUUGGCUGUGUAUGUGUGUUGAGAUUAAGUCGAUGGCUUCAAGUGCUUCAAAGUUCAUAAAAUGUGUGACCGUUGGUGAUGGCGCCGUUGGCAAAACCUGUAUGCUCAUCUGCUACACCAGCAACAAAUUCCCUACUGACUACAUACCAACAGUUUUUGACAACUUUAGUGCAAACGUUGUAGUUGAAGGCACCACUGUGAACCUAGGGCUAUGGGACACUGCUGGGCAAGAAGACUAUAAUAGAUUAAGGCCUUUGAGUUACAGAGGAGCAGAUGUUUUCGUCCUGUCUUUCUCUUUGAUCAGCCGAGCUAGCUACGAGAAUGUUUUUAAAAAGUGGAUCCCUGAACUCCAACACUUUGCCCCAGGAGUUCCAUUAGUCCUUGUUGGUACCAAAUUAGAUCUUCGUGAAGAUAAGCAUUAUUUGGCUGACCAUCCUGGACUAUCCCCUGUAACUACUGCACAGGGAGAGGAAUUGCGUAAGCUAAUUGGCGCAACAUAUUACAUUGAAUGUAGCUCAAAAACUCAACAGAAUGUGAAAGCAGUUUUUGAUUCAGCGAUCAAGGAAGUGAUCAAACCGGUGAUUAAACAAAAGGAAAAGACCAAUAAAAAGAAGAAGCAAAAGUCUAGUCAUGGGUGUUUAUCAAAUGUUCUGUGUGGGAGGAUAGUGACUCGGCAUUGAUGAUGACCUAAACUCUAUCUGAUGAUGGCAAAAGUCCAGUCUUGAGUUUGUGUUAAAAAUGAGUUACAUACAUAUAUGUAGAUGGAAUCAUGUAAGAGAGAUGAUUAGUCUCUAAUCAUUCAAUAGUUUACAUUGUAAUAGAGGGAUAGAGAGAGCUUUACUAUUACUGACUCAAUUAUGUUUUAAAUGUUUUAAUCCGGUUCUAUUCAAAAGAGGGAAGACUCAACUUUUUCGGCUCGUCCACCCAACGCGCCCCCAAUUUUCUCUCGAACCCUAGUCUCCUCGAUCCAAAUCGCCGUUCUCCCCUAGCUUCUCCGGUACCAUCUGGUGCUGUGAGAGGGCCAUAAAACCUCUCGCUGUGUCCAUCUCCACCUCUUCCCGUCGUUGAUCUUCUCUCAGUUUGCCUUCUUGCUUGACGUCUUUGGAUCUGUUGGAUUCUUCCUCCAGAUAGUCGGAUAUCAAAGCCGUCUUUGGUUCCUCUGGAGCUCUGGUGGAGUAAGAAGAGUCGGGAUUAUCUUAGGGCCGACCCUUAGAUCCCCUGUUAGUCGCCGUUUGCGUUCGAAGUUGGGUCAACUUCGAGAUCCGAGAUAGCUAGAACACCAGACGCGUCGCUGCCGUCGCCGUUCUCGCCUCUUCAUCUCGCUCCAGAUGGCUCCUCUAUCAGGUCUCUCCAAGGGUCUCAGUAGAGCUUCUCCUCUCUUUGAGUGAAAGGUGGCUAUGAGGUAAGCCACCGAGGACCUCUUUCUUUAGUCCUAAGACAACAACCAUGGUGGUCUCUGGUUUUAGAUUGGAAUUUCCUUUUUGCUUUCGAUAUUGUUCAUUGGGGUCUUCAGGACAGCCCUUAGUUACGAUGUCACCUGCUUCAAGGAGGAGCCUUCUUCAACCCUGAACCAUCUGAUUUUAAGGAGCUUAAUCGCUUCUUCUGUUCGUCAAUUCCAUCCUUCUGAGCUCCGGUUCCUGCUUCCGUGUGAUCUGAAGUCGUUUGUUGUAUCCAUUGUGUCGCGUAGCCGGAUAGGGAGCCAAGUCGACCGCCUGCGCUUGACCGCAACCAGUGCUUCAGUGUAAACAGCAUCGAAGUCGGAUCCACAUGGUAGCAAUUACCGAGCAAGCUUGAGUUUUGUUGGCCAGCGUCCUCCUCCAGCGGAGCUUCGGGAUGGGAGGCGGCCGUCGCCGUCGAUGCCUGCUUGGAGCCACCUCGGUGAGACCUGACUAAACACUCCUUACGGCUUUACUCUCGUAGUCUAUGGUUUCUCCAUUGAUUUGAGAAGUGUUUGGGAGGGGGAGAUUAAAAUGUUUGUCUUUAGUUCUAGUUUGGUAUCAUGCUCGAGCUCCUACUGUUUGGUUGAGUUUGAUCAUGAUCUCUUUGUGGUUUAGGGGUUUUUUUAAAACUUUUUUAUACCCCUAAACUUUCAGAAUGACUGAAAAGCAAACUGGGUUCCAUUAACAUGUAACCAAACCUUCAUUCUUGCAAUGACAUUUACAUUUUAACAAAAAAAAAUGUUUUAAUCCAGUAUAUUAGCCUUUUUGUUUUCAACACAGAAUUAAAAAGGUGGAGCAAUUGUUCAACCACUAAGUAAAAUAGUCUAUAACAAAAGGUGUUGCUGACUAUAUAUUGUUAACUACAUCGUGAAAGUUUAUAUGAUGUGA